AUGAACCUUCUUCCUUCAAAUCCAUGGCACGGCAAUGCAACUUGUACGGUUUUGACCGCAUUAUUCUACUCCACUAAAACCCUGCCUUCGUCUCUGUACCGCAGGAUUCUCCUCGCCGGAGACGGAAACCCUAGGGUUUCAAUCACCCCCGUACUCAACCAGUGGUUAAACGAAGGCCGAGGCGUGCAGAAGCCGGAGCUCGUCGAUUUCAUCAAGCAGCUCCGCAAGUGCCGUCGCUUCAACCACGCCCUCGAGCUCUCGGAAUGGAUGACCGGCGAAAUGAGGCACGGGAUGACAGCCGGAGACGUCUCGACUCGGCUGGAUUUGAUCUCGAAAGUCCAUGGGCUCGAGGAAGCUGACAAGUAUUUCGAUAGCGUCUCCGGCUCCGGCGCAGCCAGAGGCUUCAGAGGUAUGCGUGUGUAUGGUGCUCUGUUAUUCUGCUAUGUUGAUCAUAAAUGUGUCGAAAAGGCCGAGAGGCUUUUCGAGAGGAUGAAGGAGUUGGGGUAUGUGGAAGGAGUUUGGGCUUAUAAUACAAUGUUGACGCUUUAUUUUAGGAUGUGUGAGAGUGCAAAGGUAGAUGUUUUAGUGAAAGAGAUGGAAGAUAGAGGAAUUGGUCAUAACAGCUACACAUUGCGGGUUUUGUUGGGUUCGUAUGCAGCGAGUUGUGAUGUGGAGCAAAUGGAGAAGGUUAUGAUGCUGAUGGAAGAAGAUGGAGUGGUCAAAAUGGACUGGAAUGGUUAUGUUUUUGCGGCGGAUGCUUUUCGGAAGGCUGGACAGGUGGAGAGGGCAUUGACAUUGCUGGGGACAGCGGAGCAGAAAAUCCGUGGCAAGGAGGAAAGGAGAAUUGCUUACGAGCACCUGAUCACAUUAUAUGCUGCUGCUGGUGAUAAAAGGCAGGUCUUUCGAAUUUGGAGGUUGUACAGAAAGUUGAGGAGGUUCUCCAAUAGGGGGUAUCAUUGUAUGAUAAGUUCGUUGGUUAAAUUGGAUGACAUUGGUGGUGCCGAGAGGAUUUGUAGGGAAUGGGAGUCUGGAUUCAAGUAUUUUGAUGGUAAAAUACCAAGAUUGUUGAUCAAUGCUUACUGCAGUAAGGGUCUUUUCCAGAAGGCCAAAUCAUAUGUACAGAGGCUUGCAGAGAGUGGAAAGGAGGAUGUAAGCACAUGGUUGGCUUUGGCUGAGGGAUUCUGUUGUUAUGGUCGUGUAUCAGAGGCAGUGGAAACGAUGAGAAAGGCAGCAAGCUUGCCAUGUCGACCAGGAUGGAGGAUCCAUCAUUCGACUUUGGUUGGCUGUCUUGAUUACUUGAAAGAGAAGGGAGAUGUGGAAGGAGCUCAUGAGUUGAUGAGAUUAUUGGGAGAAAAGGGUCAUCUACGAGCAGACCUGUGUGAUAAAUUUGAGAACUAUAUCCAUGGGGAAACCCAGAUUGAGUCCUUAAUAUCAGGUCAAGAGGAAAAUCAUAUGGAGGGACUUGAUGGAAUUCAGGAUGGAGAGGCAUCUGAUAGUGGAGCUCAACAAUGGGGGUAG